AUGGGGAUUGUGAUAGCCUUGAUAUUGAGUGCCUAUCUCUUGAUCCGAUUCACUCGCAUGAAGCGAAAAUACAGAUUGCGCAAAGCACUCCAGAACGCUGACACCAACAGAGUCCAGGGAGCUAUAGUAAACUAGUUCAAUCCUUACGACUAGAUACCUGAUUCAUUUGACGAGUAGUACGGCAUCCCAAUCCAAUCGUCUGCUACCAGCGAAGUUAUGGAGGGCAACAAUCAGAAUCAGUAUGCUUUUGACCCUAAAAAUCUAUGA